ACCUAAAAUAUUAAAGUAACAAAUGAUUUUAAGUUUUUUUUUUUUUUAUGGCACUCAACUUUUAAUACCUUUAUUCUUAACACCAAUAGAUUUUCUUGAAUUAGUCUAUAUAUUUAUAGUGCAAUAUUCACUUCAGACAUUAGAAUUUUCUCUUCAGAGAGCCACUUUAUUUUAGAGAAAAGAAAUAUUAGCAAAGGAAAUCAUAGUGUUCCGAGAAAAGAAAGAAAAGUCAUCUGUAGCACAUGGAAAAUAAGAUAUUUCUAUGUUGUCCAAAGAGUUUGGUGAAGUGCGGUCCAUCAGCUUGUCACUAAUGCAACUUGCACAUUUUCAAAAAGGUGGCGCUGUCAUAUAAUAUAUAAUAUUCUCUAUAUAGUGCUUCUUAAUGGAAGGUGGAAGGAAAACAGAAAAUGGCCUCAAAACCAUCCACCAUUAUUAGACUUUGUUUCUUCUACUUGAUGUUCUUCGGCUUUAUGCGUUUGAGCAGCUGCACUGUGCUCUCAUUGACCCCUCAUGUAAGCACAUGCAAUGGUUCCAUAGCUGAAUGCAAUCAAGAAGACGAGCUGUUGAUGGAGUCAGAAAUAAGCCGAAGGUUUCUGGAGCAGAAGAAAUACAUUUCCAAUGGAGCUUUACAGAGAGACAAACCAGUUUGUAAUGGUGGUGGCUCUGGUGAAGCUUAUAGUAACAGUGGAGGAUGUCUUCCUCCCCCCUCAAAUCCUCAUAAUAGAGGCUGCUCUAAGUACUAUCGUUGUAGGUCUGAUUCUUGAUUAUGCAAAGAAACAAUCUUUAAGGUUCAUGAAUCAACCCUUUUUAUGUAAUCUUUAUUUUAAUAGGAACUUUCGAAUUUGAAAU